AUGGGUGGUCUGAACAUGAAUCAACUGGGAUCAAACGUACCUAGCCCAGCGUUUCACGCGCUCAAUCAGCGUGACCAUUAUCUGGCAUGCGAUGUGGAGUGUGUUAGGCGGGACCAUGCAUCCCGCUGGCGGUUGGACGCCGCUACCACCAAAAAACCUAACCACACGUGUAUAGAUUGA